AUGGGGGCCUACAAGUAUAUGCAAGAGAUCUACCGCAAGAAACAGAGUGACAUCAUGCGUUUCUUGAUUCGUGUGCGCUGUUGGCAGUACAGGCAGUUGUCAUCUGUCCACAGAGCCUCCCGCCCAUCUCGCCCCGACAAGGCACGCCGGCUUGGAUAUCGUGCCAAACAAGGCUACGUUGUCUACCGUGUGCGAGUCAAGCGUGGUGGCCGUAAGCGACCUGUGCCCAAGGGUUGCACUUAUGGUAAACCCAAAACUCAUGGUGUCAACCAGCUGAAGUUCCAGCGCUCACACAGAAGCACCGCUGAGGAGCGUGUUGGUCGCAAGUGUAGUGCCCUGCGUGUUCUCAACUCAUACUGGGUUGGACAAGACUCCACUUACAAAUUCUUUGAGGUCAUCCUCGUGGAUCCUUUCCACAAGACCAUUCGCCGUGAUCCAGCAAUCCAGUGGAUCUGUAACGCAGUGCACAAACACCGUGAACUUCGUGGUCUGACUUCUGCCGGAAAGUCCUCUCGUGGAUUGGGCAAGGGCCAUAAAUUCAACAAGACCAUUGGUGGAUCCAGGAGAAAGUACUGGAAGAAACACAACACUGUAUCGCUACGCAGGAAGCGUUAA